ACGAUUACAAGUCCGAACUAUCCGGAAAAGUAUUUGGCGCAUAUGUUUUGUAUAUAUGUAAUCAACGUACCAACGAGCAAGCGAGUUCGAUUAACGUUCGACAUAUUCGAACUGGAAGUGGUACCAAAUCGAGAGGAUUGCGCCUAUGAUAGUGUUGAAAUUUAUGAUUCUUAUAUCAGCGAUGACGAGCACAGUGAUAUGCAUGGAAGAUACUGCGGCACUUUCAUGCCACCGUCAAUCCUGUCAACUGGCUCACAGCUAGCGGUUGUGUUCAAAAGCGAUCGUUCCGUGAAUGGAGCUGGUUUUACGGCGCAUUGGCAAGCAGUUGAUGCCAAGGUUGACUGUCACCGUUCGUUUACGGCACUUAGUGGUCAAAUUGUGAUCAAUAUCGAAGCUGCGCAGCGAAUUACGCAAUGUGACUACAUAAUUGCGCUGCCGUCAACGAAGCGAAUUCUUCUCAAAUUCCACAACUUCUCUGCGCCUUGUACCGAGGCAACACUGACAGUGAAAAAUGGUGUGAAUGAGCAAUCACCUGGAUUCAGUGGUUUAUAUCGAGAUUCAGAAGUCUGCGAUCAACAUCCGGUCACUGAGCUUCGUUCUCAAGGCAAUCGCGUUUUCAUGCGUCUCAAAACGACAACUUUCCGAGCCGUACAAUUCCACAUUUACUAUGAACAAAUUGACUCUGGAUGUGGCGGACAAAUUGGGGGAUUAAGUGGAGCGCUGUCGUCACCACAAUAUCCAUUGAAAGACUCAAGAACGUUGAACUGUGACUGGCAUAUAUCAGUAGCAGCCGGGAAUCGCAUUCGUUUCUCGAUAACAAUGGUGGACGAUUUGAAUUCAGCGGACGUGAACGGUUUCUGUUCCACAUUUGCACCAAACUACAUUGAUGUUGCCGAUGGUCCGACAGCAACCGCUCGAAUCCUUCGACGCUAUUGCAAGAAGGAGAUUUCGUUGCCUCCGGUUGACUCGGACAGUAAUGUGUUAACAGUCAGAUAUCAUCAACACGGUGGCACUCAUUUUGGAUCACUUUUCGGUUUCCUUGCGCACUACGUCACUGUGUGUAACGAUGUCUUGUUGACGACCCAUCAUGGAGUGCUGCAAAGUCCUGGAUACCCGCAUCGAACACUGGAGAAUCGUUUCUGCAAAUGGCGCAUUCAAACGACGAGUGCAAAUCGUAUCCGCUUAACAUUUCAUCGUUUUCGACUCAGCGAAGUCUUCACAACUUAUACGCCAAUGUGUUUCGUUAACUACUUUGAGAUAGCUGAAAAUCAAAUCAACCAAACGAUAAUGAUGAAAAAUUCGGAACGCGAUGAUAAUUCAACAAUUCGACGAUUCUGUGACCGUUCUGGCUCACCGAUAACAAUUCUAUCCAAUAGUCAUUUCAUCGACAUAACCUUUGCUUCAAGAAAUGAGCCUGAAAAUCAUUUCUGGCUUUCAUGGUCAACAGUUGGUUGCGGAGGCAUCUAUAAGUCUGAAAGUGAUUUUGCCGUUAAUGUCUCAAACUUGAUAACGGACGCAGAUGUUUACGAGUGCAGUUGGACAAUCUCAGCUCCAAUCGGUCUUCGCGUUUUGUUCUCGAUUGAGAAAUUCCUUAUGUUUUCUAAUCCUGAAGGUUGUAGUUACGAUAAUCCAGAAGCUGUCAACGGAUUGUCGUUCUAUUCGGGAACAACAAAUCACUCAGGAAUUGCAUCGAAAGUUAUCUGCGAAAAUAUCGAUACCGUAAACGAAUACAAAUCACACACCAAUGAAUUGUACGUUAGACUGAGAUUACAACGAAAAUAUGCGAAACCUGAUUCAGAGAACAUAAUUCUCAAAGGAAAGAUACGAUUCGAACGACCGUCAUCUGGUGAUCAUUGUGGAGCAGUUAUCAACGUGACCCAUUUGGCACCCGCGAUAAUUCACUCACCGAACUAUCCGAAUCCGUAUCCAAAAUCCAUCGAAUGCAUUUGGUUGGUGAAUGCACCCCAAGGUCAUACCGUACAAUUCAACCUGACUCACUACAAAACGCUCGGUUAUCAUCCACAACGACAAACGGCAACACCUUGGAGAAUUUCCUACUUGAGUAACAUCACGUGCCAAAGUCCAAUAAGUUUUGUGGAAGGAUCCAUAUCGUUCUUCAACGCCAACAACACUGACGGUGAGAUUCUGGAGCGUAUCUGUUACAAUCUGAAAGAAUGGAAAGUGGUGAGAUCGACUACAAAUCAGGCAGUUGUGAGUUUCCAAGGUGCGCCAUACGAUCGUUCGUAUUUGUCUGGAGACGAUGAAGCGUUGCACAGUAUCGGAUUUGUUCUACAGGCGUCGGCUAGAUGUGGUGGGACGUUGAUUGCCAACUCGCAAAUGCAGUCACUGCGACUGAAUUCAUUCGAUGAUGAUGAAUGCAUAUUCUACAUCAGAAGUGAAGAAGCUGAGCACGUCUAUCUUCGUAUCGAUCACAUCGCCUUCAAGAAAGCUAAGCACCAUUUGUCUCGCGGUAAAAAUCCAGCUACAGUCAACGUGUAUGAUGGCUUUCAGGAUGAUGCUUCUCUUCUUGGCGUCUAUUUUAAUUCUAAUCGUAAGCAAGCAUUUGAAGGGUGCGGUGGAGAGUUACAUGCGGUUGAAGGAUCCAUCGUUUAUCCGUUCACCGAAAAGGCUGUCGAAUGCGAAUGGUCUCUUGCGAACACUCCAGGCAAUAAGGUCAACAUCGAGCUCAUUGAAUUGAAACUACCAGAAUCGGAAUACUGCGCAGAUUCCUAUCUCGAAGUGCGUGAGCAUAAUGCAAGCGGCUCACUAAUCAGUCGUGCUUGUCGAAUAGAAGAUUUCCAAGCGUCAAUAACGAGUGAGGCGCUCUGGAUUAAGCUGAGAUAUAUUCGUGAUGGAGAAGAAGGCGAUGAAACGAUAGAUGACACUAAACCAGAACUGAAUCUGAAGUUCUCGAAAGUCUUCGGAGGCCUAGUGAAUGGAGAUACAAUUACAUCGCCAGCCGCAGAUGACUGGCGUUCCAUUGAUUAUCGUGCGAUUGAGUGGACGAUCGUUGGUAGCGACGAACAUUGGCUAAUAUUCCACAUCAAUUCGAUUCAAAUACCGGAUGAGCGCAACCAAAAUGACGACUACGAGCAAAGAGAGACCAUUCAAGGAUUAACGUUCAACGAGGGACUUUGCAAACGUCGUUUUCUCAAUGAGGAAUGCGGUCCAGUCGCAUUCGUCGCUGCCGGUUACAAUCCUCCGAGAGAUUUCAUCGUCAAAUCGAAUCUUGCCACCGUUCAGUUCAAUGCUCUACCGGGUAGUUCAUUUUCGUUGAGUUGGCGAGAACUAACAAUUGCUACUGCUAAUGCAACACUUCACUCAGAGAAUAAAACUGAAACCGAUGAAGCAGCGAUCUUCACAUGCGGAGGUACACUGACACCGACGUAUCGACCGCAGUAUUUGACGAAUCCUGGCGGUAUGUCAGAGGAUGGCUCAUUCACAACCAUUGAACCGAUUACAACAACAACCAAACGGUGGCAUCGAUUCAUGAACUUCGGAAAGCGUUACGCAGGCGGUUAUGCGGACAAUUUGAAAUGCCGUUGGACAAUUUCACGUCCGCAAUUUGCCGGUGUUUCCAUCCGAAUUGUGUCGAUGGAUUUGGAGGAGCACGUGGAUUGCCGCUUCGACUAUGUUGCAAUUGCUGGUGGGUAUCCGGGUCUGGUCACUUUCGAGGAUGGGCAAGCCAAUUAUGCAGCAACGCGAUACUGCAAGCACAGUGACGUUGGUCGAGAGGAAUCGUACCAGUCUGAAGAUAUCAUAUUUCUGUAUUUCAUAACAGAUCGCAAUCGAGCAGGGCAUGGAUUUGUCCUUGAAUAUAAACUCAUUCCGGUUGAAAACUAUUCGNGACGCAACAAUAUACACCCCAAAUUACCCGGAUUCUUAUGCCAGCAAUCUUUCGUGCAAUUGGAUGAUUGUCUUGGAGAGCAAUCGACCAAUCUACACACAAAUUCACAUCCCACCUAUGGCACGGAACCUAUGGAGCGUUUAUGUGGUGAAAUGAGCGGUUGGAAUGCAACAUUUCUGAACGGACGACUUUAUGUCGCAUUCAAAAGCGAUAUGGAUGGCAGUGUAGCCUAUAAGCCGAAACUUCUUCUGGUGAAAUCUUUUAGUGAUGGGACAUUCCUUCCNUUUCAGGGAUUUGCUUUACACAUAAAGGAACAAGUGCAUGACUGCAGCUCAGAUCGCCUUGUGAUCAACGAAGGCGAUCCACCGAAAGUAUUAUCAUCACCAAAUUUUCCAAAGAUGUCGCCGAAUUCUCUGGAUUGUGUUUGGGUUAUCAGUGCACCUGGUGGACACAGUAUCAAAUUCACCGUUGAUCCGAACACAUUUGAUCUACAAGACAGUUCAUUUGAUGAGACAUGUAGCGAUGACUAUUUGGAGAUUCGGGAUGGCCCAUCGAAGUACUCACCGUUGAUUGGUACUUACUGUAAGCAGGAUGCCCCAAGCACAGUGUUCAGCACAUGGUCUUAUUUGUAUAUCCGUUACCAAACCGAUUCGUAUGCGCAGUCGAUGGGAUGGAAUGCCACUUAUGAAAUUGCAUCGUGCGGUGGAUCAGUGGUGAUUCCAGUGAAUGGCACUGGUUCAAUCCGUAGUCCCAACUAUCCGGAACCAUAUCCAAAUCACGCCGAUUGCUCGUGGACUGUGAAAGCGCCUGGUGGUCACUACGUGAACGCAACUUUCGAUCAUAUGUGGCUGUACUACAGCGAAAACUGUACUAACGAUCGCGUUGAGCUGCGCGAAAGGAACUCAACAGGCGAUCAUAUCCUGGAACCAUCGUGUAUGAUGAAUGGAGUUCGGGGUAAGCACUUCACGUCGGCGAGAAAUAUGAUGAGUGUAACCUUUCAUAGCAAUAACACACUCGGACGAGCGAGCCGAAUGUUCUGCUUAGAGCGGAAAUGCGGUUUUGAACUGAGUGUGGAACCGAGUCAAUUCGAAUGUGGUGGUGAGAUAAGCGAUCAGUCAGGGCGGCUGACAACGCCAGGAUAUCCGAAUCAGCUCGUUCAAAAUAUUGUCUGUGAAUGGAAAUUCCGUGCAGGGAUCGGAUAUCGAUACAUUUUUGAUUUCAAAUUCAUUGAUCACAACAAUUACUAUCAGUCAACGUUCAGCGGUGUUGGAUGUUAUCCGGAUGUAUUCGUGCAAAACGGAAUUCACGAGAUGAUGGAGUAUUUCGGACAGAGUGAAUACAAUUUUUGUGCGAAUAAAACACGUUUCAUUUCGUCAAGCGAUUUUGUCUCAGUAACAUAUGAUGAUCACGUUGCAAAUUUCUUGAAGAAACAAAUGCUUGAUAAUGGCACAUCAGCUGAAAAAAUCUAUGCACCAUUCCAUAUUGACUACCUCAAAGUACCAGCUGACUUCGAUAAAGAUGCAUGUAUGUACCACGUAACACAGAAUAUGUCCAUCGAGGUGAACGGGUCUCGAAGUCCAGAUUAUACUAUAAAUUUCGUUGAAAAAGAUUACUGCCAUAUUCUUGUCGAAAGACCAUUCAAGAGUGGAACGACGGUGUUACGCUUCACGAAUUUCACAACGAAUCAAGAUCAGAUUUGGGGCGGACGACAGAAGUGUUUGGAUCUUAGAAGUUUCGUUGCGAUUUCGGCUCUUUCAAGUGAUCCUUGGCCAUUUGAGGCACGAUUCUGCAAUGAGAGUCUGCGAAAUGCAGAUAAUUUCACGGUGGCAAUGCCGCAUCAAACCUUCGACAUAUUCGUUUUUCAACGAGGACACUAUUCAAGUGCUUCGUUCAACCUUACUGUUCAGUUCACAAAUACAUUCAAGUCCAACAAGGCGAAUACUUUUGAAGCUUGUGGUGGUUUCUUAACCGGAACAAGUGGUGGAACGAUAGUGAGUCCCGGAUUCGGAGAUUCCGAAGCAAAAUACGAGGCGAGUCAGCAGUGCGUCUGGACUCUGAGAGCGCCUGAAGGUAAAACUGUAAAGAUCAAGAUCACCGAUAUGGAUAUUGAGUACCACGUGGAAUGCAAACACGACUUUCUAAAACUCUACGAGGGUGCGUUAAUAUUUUGGCUCGCCACGAAUAAAAACUCCACAUACAUUUGUGAAAAUUUGCCUCAUCUGUCUGAAUCAGUGGCUCGUAUGAUACUCGAAUAUCGUCAUCUCAUUAUCUGUGAAAGAUGGUUUCUUUCGCAACUGAGGAAAUGA